AUGACUUUCGUUCUGGGCGCCGACGCGACCGCGGGCGUCCUUGAGGAGACCCGGCACAAGGGCGAGGGACGCCGGGUUGCCAAGGGUGACAGAGACCGGGAAGUUCCUCGCGGCUCCGUUCCUGGGUCACUUGGGUGUGGGGGGAGGUGUGGCGUCCCCCCCAGCAGCUGCCUGCGGGAGGUUGCGCCCAGGGGAGCAGAGCAGCGGCGGGGAGGGGGCCCCACCCGGCGUCCGGGCGGCGCCGAGACCCCCCUGCUGCCCGGAGCCCCUCAUCGCCCGGCCCGCGGUGAGGGCGGCUGGCCGCGGGCGCUGAGGUCACCUUUUCCACUGCGCCCGCCGAGAGCGGACGGUUUCCGGGAUUUUCGAGGCGGCAGCGGCGGCGGGAGGCCCGGGGUGGAGGAGCUGGGCCCGGCGGUUGCACCCCCGAGGUGCCAGGGCUUCGCCACCAGCAACUAG